CGGGAGGGGGGGCGAAAAACACAGGAAGGUACGAUGUCGUGACCGGACGUGACGACAGAAACAGCGUCUUCCGGUCGGUGGGCGGAGCCAGGCGGAGCGCCCUCCCCCUACUUCCGGGCUGGCCCGAAGCCCAGAGGUAAUAUCUAAGAGCGGCAGGGGGCGGAGGAGUCAGCGCUGGUGUGGAAAAGAAGCAGCUGCCGCUGCCGCCGCCGCGGGGAUAAGCUGGGGCUGCUGCGCGCUUGUGUGUGUCUGAGAGAACCCGGCGAGCGAGUGAGUGUUAGGACCCCGUAAGUGACUGAUCUAUGAAAUGGCAGAGAAUGGAACAGACUGUGACCAGAGGCGCAUCGGAAUGAGCAAAGAGCAACACAAUGGAAGCUUCACGGAACCCUCUUCGCUGAGCAAACAGAAGCAGAAAGAAAGAGAAGAGCGGCAGAAUAUUGUCCUCUGGAGGAAGCCACUCAUUACCUUGCAGUAUUUUUUCCUGGAAACCUUAAUAAACUUGAAAGAAUGGACCAUAAAAUUGUGGCAUCGUCGAAGGAUCGUGGUGUCACUCUUACUGCUGCUUGCAGUUCUCACGUCUGCGUAUUAUAUCGAGGGAGCACAUCAACAGUAUGUCCAACGUAUGGAGAAGAAGCUCUUGUGGUGUGCCUACUGGGUAGGCUUAGGCAUUCUGUCCUCAGUUGGACUUGGAACAGGUCUUCACACCUUUCUGCUCUACUUGGGUCCACACAUAGCAUCAGUGACGCUUGCUGCUUACGAAUGUAACUCUGUGGAUUUCCCCGAACCACCCUAUCCCGACCAAAUUAUUUGCCCUGACGAAGAGGGGGUUGAAGGAUCAAUUUCUUUGUGGACCAUCAUCUCGAAAGUCAGGCUGGAGGCCUGCAUGUGGGGUGCCGGCACAGCCAUUGGGGAGCUGCCUCCAUACUUCAUGGCCAGGGCAGCCCGUCUCUCUGGAGCAGAACCUGACGAUGAGGAGUAUCAGGAGUUUGAGGAGAUGCUGGAACACGCUGAGACUGCCCAGGACUUCGCCUCCCGUGCCAAGCUGGCGGUCCAGAACCUUGUGCAGAAAGUUGGGUUUUUUGGCAUACUGGCGUGCGCUUCAAUUCCAAACCCUCUCUUUGACCUGGCGGGGAUAACAUGCGGACACUUCCUAGUCCCCUUUUGGACUUUCUUCGGAGCCACCCUGAUUGGGAAAGCAAUAAUCAAGAUGCACAUUCAGAAACUUUUUGUCAUUAUCACAUUCAGUAAACAUAUAGUGGAACAGAUGGUGUCCUUAAUUGGCGCUGUCCCAAGCCUAGGCCCUUCUCUACAAAAGCCCUUUCAACAAUAUUUGGAAUCUCAGCGACUGAAGCUUCACCACAAAGCUGAUGGAGCGCCUCAGGGUGAAAACUGGCUGUCGUGGAUGUUUGAAAAGUUGGUUAUUGUCAUGGUGUGCUAUUUCAUCUUGUCCAUUAUUAACUCAAUGGCUCAGAGCUACGCUAAACGUCUCCAGCAGAAGAUGUCCUCUGAGGAGAAAACCAAAUGAGCUCUGGUGAAGGGGGAGACGGACCCCAAAUUUAAUUGGGAUGCGGCGUUAUUUGAAAUUGGAGGGUGGGUGAGAGGGUUGUGGGGUGUUUUUCAUGAUGAUAAUGAUGAUUUUUCAAAGUAACCCUGCCAUUUAGAAAACGAUUUUCACUGACUGCCGUUUGUAAAGGUAAUAUACGUGCUUUUGCUUAAAUUCCAUCUGGGAAUAUAACAAGGGGAAGGUUACUUCUUGUUUUAACAUAGGUGCUCUCCACUCAAGUUACUUCCAAUGGAUUGUAUGCAAUGUUAGUCACCCUCUGAACAGACCCAUUGAACUGAAUGGCCGUGACAAAUUUGGAUCUGUUGAUUGCCGUGGGCCUGCUCUGAGGAGAACUUAGUUGAAUACAAGCCAGUAUCACUCAUCUCCAUUUUUUUAAACAGGCAGCACAAUUCCAGACUUUUCUUAGUAACUUGUAGACACCACUUGCCACUAUGUUUGGGGGUGUUUUUUUCCCUUUUUUUAAUGUUCAAAGUUGGCAGCUCUCAUCUUUUCCCUGAGAUGGCCACAUCCAUCCCAGCCCUAACGCAAAGUAGUCUUAGAUUGGUUAGCAGACGUGCAUGGCCCUCGUGCUAACAUCUGGGUUCUUCUAAGUUUCUCCAUUACCUGGUGGGUGGGAUCUCGCAUUUUAAACUUCAUAAUGGUUCUGAGUAGAGACACAGGCACCAUCUACCUGCUGGAAUUCUGUUUUCAAUUUCUCUUUUUCAUUUUUUUAAAAAAUUAUAUAUUUAGAAUAACGUUAAGACAGUAACAAACACAAAAUAGAUAAAAUCGCCUUGGAUCAUUCCAGACCUUCUUGUCUUGGUCUUUUAAAAAACUGUUCCUCCUCCUCUUGACCCUCUUGCGUUCUUGUUUUUUCACUCCAUUUUCUUUGCAAGCUUUCACCCACCCGUCUCCUUGUUGAUCCUCUGGAGCCCUUUUGUUCUUGGAUUAUUUUUCCCCCCAAGAACUUCUUGCCCGGCUGAAGGAAAUAGGAACGUGCUGGACCUUGGCAUGGUUUGAUUAAUUUUAUUUAUUUAACUGACAAGUAGCCCAUUGCGUUGGGUGUCUUUCUUUUUUUUUAAUGGUUAACUCUUGCAAUGUUUGCAUUGCAUCGUUGAGAAGAUGUCUCUUGUACGGUGCAGGAAAGGUGACUGGAAUAAACACCAUUCAAAUAUCUUUAAAA